CACAUUCAUCCUCCGCCUUCGCCUCGAAGCCACAGUUCUGUUGACUCCAAUACAGCGGAGGGGACUGCGGAGGCCUCUGUUAGUGAUCUGGUGGGCUCUACAGACGCCCUGAGUGGAGCCAAUAGCAAUCCUCGUUCCCCCACGUACGCGGAUGUCACCCUGUCUGGGCACACUGAUUCCGUCCCGCUGCAAACAUCCGGUGAUGAUGAUGAUGUCAAUGGUGACGGUCUGGACGCCGAUGAACUGGAUAAUCUGCGCAGUGUCUCAAUGACUUCUUCAAUGAAUAGCUUCAGCGUGGAUGGAGAGGAGGAGGAAGAAGAUGAAAGUACAUACGCCUUCAGUACGCUGGACUCGGAUUUUAUUGCCUGGAUGCGUUUGAGUGUGAAGGACGUCACUGUGGAACAUCCCUGCUAUUCUUCGAGGCAGUCAGAAUCCCUCGCCAGUCUCACGCGUCAGGAAUUGCUCAAAGUGGUCAACGUAUUUAACAGCAACUUGCUUGGCCUACAAAUGACCCUGAGCCGAUUGGGUCACCUGUUCGGAAUCGACUAG